GCCAUUUUUGCCCAUGAGUUCAUCGUCUGGGAUUGUCUUUCUUCUUCAAAAGUGGGAAGAUGAGAGAGAGAGCUUGAACCAGUCACUUGCACUCAGCAACGAUCACCUUCAAAUAAAGUUUACUCCUUUAUUAUCAUAUCCUUGUAUCGCCUCACUCGAGGAUUUUCUCAUCAGAGAACUUUCACUCAACUUGAGGCCCAAGAUCUCACUGAAAAUUUCGUCGUCCAUUCUGCAAACUCGCUAAUAAAAUCAACGGAAACAAAUUCGAGGGAGGAUAGAAUACGCAAGGAAGAAGUCUGAAACUCUGACUUGGGCUAUUCUAUUCCACCCUAUCCGCUCAAAUUUCGUAGGUCAACUACUUGCUUUAUUGUCUUCACAGAGAGUAUUUGAUUAAAGUCGUGGGGAGGGUUGUCAUGCUGAAUGUUGCUCCCAGCCACAGGAGUAGGGAUGAAUUCUGCAAUGGAUGAUAUGAAUUUGAUUCAGCAAGCUCAGAGGCAUCAUUUGGUUGUCAGGGAGAUAGGCGAAGAGAUUGACUUAGAAAUUGGACCUGGGGAUGAUGAUCCUUCUUUUGGUAACGCAACUUUAAUUGGUGCUCCUGCUAGAGAAUCUUCUGCUGAAGAGCAUGGUGAGAGCAAGCAAAUGGGGAUGGGUUCUCAUCUUCCUAAUGAUGAUCAGGAUAUGUCAAAGACACAACCAGCGAAGAGGAAAAAGAAGGUUGUGAAAAGAUGGAGGGAGGAGUGGGCAGACACCUACAAAUGGGCCUAUGUUGAUGUAAAAGAUGGGACAGCAAGGAUUUUCUGUUCUGUCUGCAGGGAGUAUGGAAGAAAGCAUAGAAGAAACCCUUAUGGAAAUGAGGGCAGUAGGAAUAUGCAAAUGAGUGCCUUAGAAGAACACAAUAAUAGCUUGCUUCACAAAGAGGCUCUUCGUCUCCAAAUGGCCUCCAAGGAUAAACUAAUUGUCGACAAGCCCAUUUAUGUCAAAGCUCUUAUGUCAAAAACAGCGGGAUCAAUUGUUGAAGCUGCCCUAAAAAGGGAUCCUCAUGAGGUUGAAUUCAUUCAGUCAGUCCAGGAAGCGGUUCAUGCUCUUGAAAGAGUAAUAGCCAAAAAUUCACAUUAUGUCAGCAUCAUGGAGCGCUUGUUGGAACCAGAACGCAUGAUUAUUUUUAGAGUUCCAUGGGUUGAUGAGAGGGGUGAGACACAUGUUAACCGUGGUUUUCGGGUACAAUAUAACCAGUCACUGGGUCCAUGCAGGGGUGGUAUUCGUUUUCAUCCAUCGAUGAAUUUAAGUAUUGCCAAGUUCCUUGGUUUUGAACAGACUUUAAAGAAUGCUUUAUCACCUUACAAAUUAGGAGGGGCUGCUGGUGGAAGUGAUUUUGAUCCAAAAGGAAAAAGUGACAAUGAGGUGAUGCGCUUCUGCCAAAGCUAUAUGAAUGAGAUGUAUCGUUACUUUGGUCCUGACAAGGACCUUCCAUCAGAGGAGAUGGGUGUUGGUACUCGAGAAAUGGGAUAUCUCUUUGGACAGUAUAGACGCCUGGCUGGUCAUUUUCAGGGAAGUUUCACAGGGCCAAGGAUAUUUUGGUCUGGCUCUAGUCUCCGAACUGAAGCUACUGGCUAUGGCCUGGUUUUCUUUGCUCAGCUCGUACUCUCUGACAUGAAUAAAGAACUCAAAGGAUUAAGAUGUGUCAUAAGUGGUUCUGGAAAGAUUGCAUUGCAUGUUUUAGAGAAGUUGAUUGCUUAUGGUGCUCUUCCCAUCACAGUUUCAGAUUCAAGAGGAUAUUUGGUUGAUGAGGAUGGAUUUGAUUACAUGAAAGUAUCUUUCUUGAGAGAUAUCAAAGCUCAACAGAGGAGUCUGAGAGACUAUUCGAAGACCUAUGCUCGAUCCAAAUAUUAUGACGAAGCGAAACCCUGGACUGAAAGGUGUGAUAUUGCAUUUGCUUGUGCUUCCCAGAAUGAAAUUGAUCAGUCUGAUGCAAUCAAUUUGGUUAAUUCAGGAUGUCGAAUGCUAGUAGAAGGUUCAAGCAUGCCUUGUACACCUGAGGCAGUUGAUGUUCUGAGGAAAGCUAAUGUUCUCAUUGCUCCUGCAAUGGCUGCUGGUGCAGGCGGGGUUGUGGCUGGAGAACUUGAAUUAAAUCAUCAGUGCAAUUUGAUGCACUGGUCACCAGAGGAUUUUGAAUCUAAAUUGCAGGAAGCAAUGAAACAGACUUAUCAGAGAGCUAUCAAAGCAGCAUCUGAUUUUGGUUAUCAAAAAGAAAGUCCCGAGGCUUUGGUACAUGGAGCUGUCAUCUCUGCAUUUCUGACCAUUGCUCAAGCUAUGACUGAUCAAGGUUGUGUAUAGGAGUUAACACUGUUAAAAACUCGAGUGCUUCUCUUCGCUGUGGGAAAUCCACUUUGCUCCUGGUAGCUACAAGCUUAGAGAUUAAUGCUGGCACUGCAAUCUCAAUGUCAUGAAGAACCUUGUACUUAGAAGAUGAUUUGACUGUAAAAUAUGCAUUGUAAUAAUUUAUACUUAGAAAUAUAAGUCUUAGAGGACAAAUUGGAAUAGGCAUUUGUAAGGAAGUUUAUAAUGUAUGGUUUAGAUGUAUAACAGAAAGGGGGCCUCAAUUAAUGCCAGGAAUGAGAAAUAUUUGUUCGUGGCUUGUCCAAUUGCUUGCAAGUUUCAAACUUGGAAUAGAGAUAAGUAUCAGGAUUGAAUAUGAUUA